AAAACUGAUUUGGUGGAAAGACAACAAAAAUAGGACAUGGGAGAUAGGGAAGGUGAUAACCUGGGGAAGAGGUUUUGCUUGUGUUUCACCAGGAGAAAAUCAGCUUCCUGUUUGGAUACCCACUAGACAUUUGAAGUUCUACAAUGAACCCAUCGGAGAUGCAAAGAAAAGCGCCUCCACGGAGACGGAAUCACCGCAAUCGGGCACCAUUGACUCGCAGGAUGAAUCAAGUGGUGAUAUUAGAAAAACAGAUGAAGUCACCACGCACCAAGAAGGCGGAGCUGCCAACCUGGGCACAGUUAAAGAAGCUGACACUGUUAGCUAGAAAAAGCCUAGCUAGCACAAAGGUGACACAAACCUCAGAAAAAAUGCUGUUUGCAGCUUUAAUGGUUGUAUCAACGGUGGUAAGUCUCCCCAUGCCUGCAGGAGCAGCUGCAGCUAAUUAUACCUACUGGGCCUAUGUGCCUUUCCCGCCCUUAAUUCGGGCAGUCACUUGGAUGGAUAAUCCCAUUGAAGUCAAGAGAAGGCGUGUGGAUCCCUGUGUCCAUGGAUCGACCAUGGGAGGCCUCGCCAUCCAUUCAUAUUUUGACUGAAGUAUUAAAAGGCAUUUUAAAUAGAUCCAAAAGAUUCAUUUUUACUUUAAUUGCAGUGAUUAUGGGAUUGAUUGCAGUCACAGCUACAGCCGCUGUGGCAGGAGUCGCAUUGCACUCUUCUGUUCAGACAGUAAGCUUUGUUGACAAUUGGCAAAAGAAUUCCACAAGGUUGUGGAAUUCACAAUCUGGUAUCGAUCAAAAAUUGGCUAAUCAAAUUAAUGACCUUAGACAAACUGUCAUUUGGAUGGGAGAUAGGCUCAUGAGCUUGGAACAUCGUUUCCAGUUACAGUGUGACUGGAAUACGUCAGAUUUUUGUAUUACACCCCAAGUUUAUAAUGAGUCUAGACAUCACUGGGACAUGGUAAGACGCCAUUUACAGGGAAGAGAAGAUAAUCUCACUUUAGACAUUUCUAAAUUAAAAGAACAAAUUUUUGAAGCCUCUCAGAGUCACUUAAAUAUUGUGCCUGGAGCUGAGGCGUUAGAUCAAGUGGCAAAAAAUCUUUAUGGAUUAAACCCCACGACUUGGAUUAAGUCUAUUGGAAACUCUACUGCAGUAAAUUUUGGAAUUAUGUGUCUCUGUUUAAUCGGUUUGUUUUUAGUGUGCCGGACCAGUCGAAGAAUCCUGCGCCAAAAUCGAGAGAACGAACAAGCCUUCAUCGCCAUGGCACAUUUAUAUAGAGGGAAAGGGAGGGAGAAUGUUGCGGGAAGUCGGGGACCUUGAACUGAGGGACUGGCUGAAGCCACAGCAGAAAAGCAUAAAAUAUGAAGAUUCCAUGGACAUUUUAUUAGUUCUCCAAAAUUUAUACUUUUGUAAUAUCUUAUGUCUUUACUUUAAUCUCUUAAUCCCAUCAUCUUCUUUGUAAG